AUGGCGGCUCCCAUGAGCACCCAGAAUGGCCACGUACAGGAAUCUGUGAGGAAGUCAAAUGGAAGGAAUGAAACAGGGAAAGUCCAGAGGAAAAGUACUUUUCGGUGGACAGUAGGGCUGGUUCUACGGUUGUGUAUCUGGUAUACGUUUCUCAUGCCGUUCUUCCGGUGUCCUUCGCGCAUCGCGGAUUUGAAUGAUCAAUCUCCUCGGGUCUGCAAACCGUACCUACUUGCUCGAUCGCACCUGGAGCCCUAUGUCACUCCCUAUUACGAUACGUACGCUGCGCCCUACGUUGACCAAGCCCGUCCCUACGUGGAAGUCGUCAACCAGCAAGUCUAUAUCCCCGCCUCGAAGAUCGCCAAGUCGGGAUACGAGAAAUACGGCGCGCCUGCAUGGCAACAAGCUGAGGCAUAUGGCGCCGCGCAAUGGAAAGUUCAAGUGACUCCGCGUCUGGAGGCGGCUCAAGGCCAAGCGCAUCAACUUUACAUGGCCCAGGUUGAUCCGUAUGUGCAGCAGACCAUGGCGGUGGUAUCUCCCUACUACCAAAUGGCCAGCAGUGCUGCGCAGACGGCCUAUUGGGAUCAUUUUGUGCCUUUCUACACCCGGUCUCAACCCUUUAUUGGCAAGACAUACACCACAGGCCAGGAUAUUUUGGCGACCCACGUUAUGCCCGGCGCCCGCUAUACCUGGUCGUCCGUGGUUUAUUUCGCCAACAGUUCGCUGUGGCCGCAGAUCACUGGCCUCUACUCGGAGCAGGUUGAACCCCAACUUGUGAAGAUUGGACAGCGCCUCGCUAGCUACAGGGAAGGAAAGCGCUUGCGCGCCGUUGUUGAGGACAUGGAUAACACCCCGUCUGAAGAAUCCACUUCCUCAACCGUGCCCAGCACCAAAAUCGAACCCCUGACUUCGACUGCUACCACCGCGUUUACGACCGAAACACCUUCUGCAAAGCCCACUCUGUCUGCCGAGGAAGAAGCAAAGCAAGCUCGCGACCGAGUUGACUCGGAUCUUGAGAGAUGGCAAGUCAAAUUCGCAGCCGCCGCCGACAAGGGAAUCGAAGAUCUCGAGAAACGCAUCGAGGAAAUUGUGACUGCUCUUAUCACAGGCAGUGCCAAUAGCCAUGGUCAAAGCCUUUCUACUGCGCUUCAAGCCGUCGCUUCCGAAAAGCUCUCCGUCAUCAAGCAGCAUAUCAACGAUCUCGCGCAGUCCCUGCCAGAGGAAGAUUCCCCGGACGAAGAGAAAGCUGCUAGUGAACAACUUGUCAGCGAAAUCCGGAACUCUGCCAUUGCGGUCAGAGAUCGUGCUCAUACCCUUCGCGAAUGGGCCAUCUCGUUUGAUGACGAACUCGUUCGCCGAGUAGGCGCCGCUGUAAACUCAACCCUCGACGUUCUGGAUAACAUCCGCGACCUGGGCUUGCAAGAAAUCGGCAUGCGCUGGGCGUGGAUGGAUGGUGUCACUUACAAGGACUGGGCGCGAUACCACGCACUCAAGGCACAGCUCGAGGACUGGCGCAAUGAAAUCCGCAAGGUCGGCUUGAACCACAAGUCGGUUGCGGAGGCUGAAGCCGUGGUAAGCGAGCUCUUGGGUAGUGGUAUGGAGGUUGCGGAAGACACUGCCAAGGAGCUUAUUAGAUUGAAGGAUGUCGGAACCUGGAAGUUUGCUGCUCGUGAAGUAAGCGACAAUUUCGAUACCCGAACUGAAGCUCCUCCCCCGCGGCCCAAGCCUGCAGUUGAAGCUGAGGAGUCGGAAGAGAAUUCCGACGCCGAACAAGAUGAAAUUGUUGGCACUGCCUCAGAGACCCAUGGAGAGGACGGCGUUACAGACGAAGAACCGGCAUUAACCGAACACGAUGCCGAGACGGACUCUGCGCCAAGUUCAUCGAUUACUGGUACCGCUGCUGAGGAGGAAGAUGACGACGAGUCUAUCCUGAGUGAUGAGGCUCAGGAGAGUCAUCAUACCUCGUGGCCCGCAUUUGGCGUUGCUGCUGCGGAUGCCAACUCGCAGCAGGCACCCAUCCUAGAUGAAGAUGAGCAAGACCUGUUUGACAAAGUGGGAAGCAAGGCUGAAGAUGCUUACGCAGAAGCAAGCUCUGCUUUUGCCGACUCGACAGCCCAAGCUAAAAUCCUAUAUGACAUUGCGAAAUCUCAGCUUGUGGGCCAGAUGUCCCAAUCUAGUGUUCCUGUCCAUGCCCAGGUUCUCUCUUCCAUUGAAUCUGCCUACUCUGGAGCUGUGAAGUAUGCAACUGAAGAGUUUGAGUCGCGAAUUGACGCUGUUCGGGCUACGCCCACUCCCGUCGGUCCCUUGGCCCAAAUUUCUUCUGUUGCGUCGUCCAGGUUGAGUGAAGGGCUCAGUCUUGCGUCUCAGCAGCUGGCCCAGGUCAAGGGGACUGCACCUGCGACCAGCUCGGCCGCGCUUCAGCCUUUUGUUCUCGAUGCCCAACGCCGCUACUACGAGGCAGUUGGCCUCGCUCACGAUCACUACACUGCCUUUGUCUCCACGGCAUCCGAGGCAGUGUAUGGUACUCCGACGCCCACCCCGCCCCCUCGCAGCUUCCAGGACCUUGUCCAAGAAGCUGGAUCUCAAUAUGAGCAUGCUUCAUCCUUGGCCUCCGCCAGUCUUGCUGCAGUUGUUGCCUCGGCAAGCUCGGCGAUCUCCGCAGCGGACGAUGGCAGGUCGCAAAGCAUCAUCGACGACGCUUCUUCGAGAUACAGUGCUGCCCUCUCUGCCGCCUCUGCCUCCCUCUCUCUGGUAUCGGCAUCUGCUAGCUCCGCUAUCUAUGGUACCACCCCUGGUCCUUUGGAGUCCCUUUCCAGCCAGGCAUCUGAGAAUUGGGAAAGCCUCGUUUCCAAAGCUAGCGAGCAGGUCUACGGCACUCCCGUGCCGUAUCUGCAGCAGGUGGCUGAUAACCAGCUUUCGCAGUUCGCGGCAGUUCAGAAUGUUGUUUCUGAGCUUCUGGUCGGCAAGCAGCCCUCGUUUACGGAGAGCGUUAUGAGCAAGCUUCGUGUCGCUUAUGAGACCCCAUACCCUGCUGAAGCUCUGUCGUCUGCCUCUAGCUAUGUCAACGAGGCUUACGAGACAGCUUCAUCGGCUGCUAACGAGGCUUACGAGACAGCUUCAUCGGCUGCUAACGCAUAUGCUAGCAAUAUUCCCAGCGUGGAGGAUGUCAUGCAACACGCCAAUGACCAACUGCAUUCUGCCGUAAUGGCCGCAAGCAUUGGAAUCUACGGCACCCCCAAGGGUCCUUAUGAGAAAGCGACAGAUGCUGCAGCUGGCGCCUACUCUAGCGCGUCUGCACAGGUCAGCGGCGCCGUGUACGGGAAUGAGCCUGCGUAUGUCGACGUUGCCAAGGACGCUAUUGCAGACAUCCAAUCCAAGGCCAGCGCAGCUAUUUACGGCGAGGAGUCCGGUGCUGUCGAGAGUGCCACCAGCCGUCUUGCCGCUGCCGUCGAGAGCGCCCAGGCUCAAUUGGCCGACCUCGCCUCCAGCAUGAGCAGUGUUGCCUAUGAGGCAGCUGAGACCGCUGCCUCCCACAUGGACCAUGCGACAAGCAGCGUCAAGUCUGCGGCCUCUUCAGCAAAGGAUGAGCUUUGA